AUGACCCGAACGCACCCGCCUGAUCUCCUGGUGUCUACGGUGUAUCAGGACAUCAAGGUGGCGUCUGUCAACCCCUCCCGUUCUGCCUUCUGCCAGCCCAUGAGGCGAUGUGACACCUCCAUGACUUCAUCCUCGGAGACCCACCCCCAGCACUUCAACAAGCGGCACUGCCGCAGCUUCGACUUCCUGGAAUCUCUCGACGAACCGCCACCCACGCCGCCUGCCAUGGAGCGCAUCUCCCGGCGACCACCCACUCCAGAACCAUCCUCUGUUCCUGUUGGCAAGAAGGCCUCGGUCCGGACAGCAGCUCCAGAGGCUUCUGUCAGCAAGCCCCAGUCCCGAGGGAGAGAUGCUCCAACGGAAUCGGUCCCUCGGGCAGAGCCCAAGAGGCGUGCCAGGUCUAAGAGCACCCCUCGAGUCAAAACUGCCUUCACCCCCAUUGCCGUCCCUGUCUCCUCUUCCUCGCCACCGGUGCCGACCAGGAGGGGGCGUGAAGUCCAUCGAGUCUCCCGAGAGCCUGAACGAAUCGAGCUGUCCCCACGUCGAGAAGGCGGCUAUUCCUCCACGAAGGCCCUGAUGAACGAAGUGCAUCCCAUCAAGUUGCAACCGCAGCGCAGCAGCGGUAGCCGGAUUUCGCCCCUCUGUGUAAGUGGCGCUAACUGCUAUGACGAGGCGCCUGCCGUAAGGCCUAUGCCACAGAGCGUACACGUCAAACGCCGGGUGGACAUCAAGCCGGAUGAGGCUACGGUGAUGCACGCUGCUCGCAGCAGCAAGGCCUCUCAUGGCCACAUGGAGGCCCUGCCACCCUGGCCUCGGCCUCCUGGCACUGCCCACAGCUUAACAGUGCCCGGCAGCCGACAGAUGUCCAUGUCACGGACUCCCACGCCCAGCGACACCUAUAGUGGGGAACACCGGGUCCUGGCGCCCUACCCUGCUGAACUUUACGAUGGAGGUCCAGCCUUGCCAGAAGGUGGCUGCAUCCCCUUCUCCCCAUAUGUGCCAACCAAGUUCUUCUACACUGAAGAGCCGGGCAGCUUCCCCCUGAAAAGCACUGGCUAUGACGGAUACCCUCCCCAGUAUGGGGGUCAUGCCCUCCCACCACAGCCGUUUUAUGCAGAAGAGCCCCCCCAAAGCAGCUUCCAUGCUCCCCCUCCCAGGACGUUUUUUGUGGAGGAUAACAGGGCUUAUCCCAUCCAGGAGGCCCCCACCAGGACAUACUAUGGGGAUGACUCUCGCUUUUAUGUCCCCAGGACUCCUCCCGUGAAAGCUGUUUAUGCUGAGGACCCAAGGGCUUACCCUGCCUUGAGGUCCAACCCCCGAGUCUUCUAUGCAGAGGAUUAUGGGAAAUACCAUGAGCGGGAAGUCAUGUCCAGAACCUACCCAUAUCCACGCAAUGCUCAGCCCGUGCAGUUCAAUGACUGGUACUGCCCUGAUAGAGGGGCACUGCCAUACCAGACUUGGCAGAUGUCCCGUUUCACUCCCCACCAGCCUGGGCCCCGAGCCAUGUUGUCCUCCUGGCAUGCCAGCUACAGUGCCAGCCCUCCCCGCCUUGGCACGGACACACGUCACUAUUCCAAGUCCUGGGACAAUAUCCUGACUCCCCACGUGCGCCGGGAGGACCCCAUUUUGCGUGGGCGCAGCUAUGAGAACCUGUUGGCCCGGGAUCAACACCGUGCCUUAUCCCCCGAUGACCGACGGCAACCAGUUGUGGUCAAUCUGUCCACUUCACCUAAGCGCUAUGCUGCGCUUUCGCUCUCCGAAAACUCCCUCAUCGAGAAGAUGCACAUGGACGGUGGGCGUCAUGGCUGGUUUGUCACCCCAGAGAUCACGAUCACUGACAAUGACAUCCGAGCCAAUGGUUUCUGUAAAACGGAGAGGCGCUCAGCCAGCUGGGAUGUGUUGGAUUCGGGAGAUGUACAAGGCAGGGGUUGCAUCCAAGCCCGGCCCUAUGUUCCAGACCCUGGCACCAAAGAAAGUGCUGCCCGCCAGCGCAGCCUGGAGCAGUUGGACGAGCUUAUCACAGAUCUGGUCAUUGAUUACAAACCCCCUUCCGCUUGCCCGUCCAGUGAGGUCAGCAACUUGGCCGACCAGCUCAGGCGGCUGAUCAGUGAGGGCAUGGCCCUGCCUCCCAAGAAACAAGACCCCUGGAAAGUGGGCUCUGCCGACAUGGCGGUGUCUACUGGCACCUUUGAGAAAAUGCUGGAUGACUGCUCGCCGGAUCUCAGUGCCGACGAGGAUGACGUGAUGAUGUGUUCCAAUGCCAAGUGCCGCCGGACAGAGACCAUGUUCAAUGCUUGCCUCUACUUCAAGUCUUGCCACAGUUGUUACACUUAUUACUGCUCCCGUAACUGCCGGCGGGAGGACUGGGACACCCACAAGGAGAGCUGCAUCUAUGGGCGGAUUGGCAGCACUUGCCGCCACGUGCUGCAGUUCUGUAGAGAGAGCGGAGAAGUGCACAAGGCCUUCUCACGUAUUGCUAAGGUGGGCUUUCUCUCCAGAGGCCGCGGGGUACUCUUUUUGGGCUUCCCCAAUGCGGGCUCUGCAGAGAACUUCCUGCAGUUUGGCUUGGAGAGCUUGCUGAUGUCUCCCACUUACCUGUCACUGCGGGAACUUGAAAGUUACUCUGACAACCUUGGGGACUACGCCCGGGAACUUCGGGAGGCUGGCCAACAGUAUGACCCAGAUGAAUGUUUCCUCCUGAAUGUAACCGUGGCUGUCGGACAGAAGGUCCCCGAGAGGCCGUCCCCCAAGGUGCAGGUGCCAACGGUCAGGAAGUAUGCCAAGGUGGCCUUAGCAUCCUCAAGUCCUGAAAAGAAGAUCCUGAAGAAGGAGCGAGAUAUGGAAACGCUAAUCCUGACGCCUCCUCCUGGCACAGCUGACAUAGACAAAGAGGGUGAGGAAGGGCGCAAAGCCCGCGAGGUCUGUUUCAUUAACAUCCAGCGGGAGCUGCGCAUCCGUGGAGUCUUUUUACGGCACGAGUUCCCUAAGAUUUAUGAGCAGCUCUGCGAAUUCGUGGAGAGUAACAAACGCUUCACGCCCACCACUAUCUACCCCAUUGAUAAGAGGACCGGCAAGCAGUUCAUGUGUAUGAUCAUGGCAGCAUCUGAGCCACGUACUCUUGAUUGGGUGGCAAGUCCCAACCUCCUCGAUGAUAUCAUGUGA